UGCUGAGAAUGUUCCUUUUUCUAUCAAGUACGAAGUGGUUUCACACAGAAAGUUCAAGCAAAAGAAAAUGGUGAUUGAUUAAUUGCUAGCUACUACAUAUACACGUAUGAUAUGUGGAAAAUAAAGUAGUAGUAAAAGUUUCCGGUGGUAUUAUCCAUGAUGGAAGAGGAAAACGUGAGCAACACAAUCUCAAAGGAAGAGGAAGAGGAAGAGGAAGAGGAAGAGGAAGACGAUGAAGAUGCCCAGCUUCCGGGUUUCCGGUUUCACCCCACAGACGAAGAGCUAGUUGGUUUCUAUCUGCGACGCAAGGUCGAAAAGCGGCCCAUCCGCCUCGACCUCAUCAACCAAGUCGACAUCUACAAAUUCGACCCAUGGGAUCUUCCAACCACAGGGGGGAGAGAGUGCUACUUCUUCUGCAGAAGAGGGAAGAAAUACAAGAACAGCAUGAGGCCAAACAGGGUGGGUCGAUCAGGGUUCUGGAAGGCCACAGGGAUCGACCGCCCCAUCUACUCCUCCGACCGCGACUGCAUUGGUCUAAAGAAGUCCCUCGUCUACUACCGCGGCUCAGCCGGCAAGGGCACCAAGACCGACUGGAUGAUGCACGAGUUCCGCCUCCCCGCCACCACCCAACAGGAACCAGAAGUGUGGACUCUAUGCCGAAUACUGAAGCGAAGCGCCUCCAACAGGAAGUACGUGCCCGACUGGAAGGAUAUGGCGGCAGCGAAGAGAGUGACAACUGUAGCCGCGAGCGAGGAUCAGCACGGGCGGAGCUACAUCAGCUUCACAGCUCCGCUUGUGAAGAAGCAAGAAGUAUCAACUGAAACCAGCUGUGUGGAGAAUCUUAAGCAGCAGCAGAAAUCUUCUUCGAGCUAUAGCAUGUACGGUGACAUCAAUGAGUUUUUGAAACACGCGGAUUGGGAAGAUCUUCAAUCCAUGGUCGAUUGCGCUGCUGCUGCUGCUGUUGCUGUUGCUCCUACUCCUACUAAUCCUUACUGUUUAUGAGUUGAUUAUCAUCUACUAGUAUAUAGUUAGAUUGGAAUAUUUAAGAAGGAAGUGGCAGAGAGAGACACCAUGUAUAGGGAGUAAUAGUUUUGUCAAAGCAGGUUUGCUGUUACAUAUUACUAUUACAUAUCCUACAGAUCAGGUUUUCAUGUUUAACAAUAUUAUGUGUUCUAA